AUGGGACUGCUGAUGGCCGUUGCAGUGCAUAUGCUGGGAAGCCUGUGGUUUGCCGUUGGAGAUAGCCCAAGGGGUUGGGUGACGGAAGAAGGUCUCCAUGAACAACCACUCACCAGGCAGUACACCAGGAGCUUGGAAUGGGCCUUAUCGAAGUUGCCUCCUUCCUCCUUGCGCCUCACCGUGGACCUCAACACGCCCUUGGAACGUUGGCUCGGCAUCUCAGCCACCUGUGGCAUGUUGAUCUCUGGAUCCAUCUUCGUGAGCUUUGUAACCAACACCAUGGCCGAUGUGGCGCGUGAGAGGACACGCACAACCAAGAUGAUUGAGUCGGUCCGGAAGUACUGUGCGAUCCACAGUAUCUCGUACAGCUACACCAUGCAGAUGAAGCGCUACGUUCAACAAGAGCAUCGGCGCAAUGAGAUGCAGGGGCACAUGCCUUUCCUGCAACACCUUCCAGAGGGAAUGAUUCGAGAGCUCUUCCAGGAAGCUCGCAGCCCGAUCCUGCAUCGACAUGCCUUUUUCAGAGAGAUCGGGCGCUCUGAUCCAUCCAUGGAGUUAAACUUAUGCAGUCAGGCUGUCUUUGAGCUUUAUCACUUGCCUGGUGACAUCAUCUUCGACACCACCAGCAAGACCAGAGGGAUGUACCUUGCUUGA